AUGAUCACCAUCAAAGAGGUUGCCAUCGACCUCACAAACUUCGUUCUCUCCAACGUCAACGAAGCCAUCUCGUUCAAGCCGCAACUGUGCUACCAGGUGCCGCCCCAGGACUAUGCCGAGUUGCGCGAACGCUACAUCGCGUUCACGGGCACUUCGAUGCGCAAAAAUAAGUCCAAGCUCUACUUUCUGCCCACCAAUAUCAGUGACGAGCUCCAGCAACUCAACGCGUCGAUUCCGGACUCGGCCAAGUCGUUUCCGCAGGACGGACACGUCUACUACAAGAACCGGCUCAUCACAGAACUCGACUUCGAAAACGUGAAGCGCGUCGAGCUUGCGUGCGCGUACAUCGCGUACGCGACCGUGAACCGCGCCGUCAACGUCGAGAUGCAGGACCCCGUACCGGGUGACAGCGACGACGACCAAGACCCAGAAAAACUGUCUCCGGCAGAAUCUACCACUCUUGCGCUCAGGCGAGGCGGUGUCAUCGGGUUCCGAGAACUUGGCUAUUUGGUCUCCAUCACUCCAUGGCAUUUCCACCGUGUUUUCAAAGUUAUCACGGGGCUCACGAUUCGCGAAUACAGCCAGCUGUGUUCCGAAUUCAUCAAGAAAAACCGCGAUAUCAUGAAUGCAUGCCGCAAGAAAGUAGAAGGUCUGAAGGCAAUGGGGUUUUCUUACUCCUGUUUCGACGAUCCCGCAUUUUUAAAAGAGGGUACCCUUUCGUACGAACCUACCGAAAACGUGGUACUUCUUCCGGAAUAUUUCAUCGAUCCAAACAAGUCCAAAGAGCAGAAGCGGAAACAGAAAGAGGCCAAAAAUGCCGAGGGUAAAUGUAUGCAACGCGUCGAGGCUCGAAAGCGUCGUAGUUCCGUUAUGACUGGGCGUAUUCGCCGUGCUUCGCAAACUAGCAUAUGUUCCAAUUCUUCCAUUCAGGACGCACUCCACAGCGAGGUGAGCUAUCCUUCUACUCCGCAAAUGAACUCACCAGAAGAACGUUCGGACUAUUCGGGCCACUCGGAGUCUGCGUCCCCAGCGGCGGCCGAUCUAAAUGCGGAUCCACUCAGAACUUUCCGCGGGUCCAUUUCUAAAUCUAGAAACGGUAGCAUUGCUCUCGCUAAUAGCAUGUUGAACUCGCUUAACGGAAAUUCCGGUAACGUGGGCAAAGUUCAAAAGCCCAGAAACAGCCUCUCUCACCGCAGAAGUAUCCACGGCGAUCCGGCUACCAUUUCAAAGGGUUUGGCGUCUCUACCUCUGGAGCAAGGUUUGGGCAACAGUUCACGUAUUCCGACUAAUCGCAAUUCAAUCGUGUCGCCUUUAAUGUCGCCUAAGAUUGACUUCAAACAUAACAUGUUUGCUGACAACUUGACUGCUGCCACGGGGGCGGGACUUCCUUCCGACUUUGGCUUCUCGGUCGAUCUCAGCGAAAGCGUGGCUCCUCAUGCUCUGAAUGCACGAGAUACCAGCCUUUACUCAAUGGGUAUGCCUCAGGAUCCAACGCAGUCGGUCAUUUCACCACCCGCCGCUGAACCCUGGGCUCUGCCUGCAAACGUGGUGCCAUUUGACGAUAUCUCAUUGCUCGCCAACAAUGAGAAUCUGGCACCCGCUCCAAACACUAUCUUAAACAAUGAUAACAUGCUAGACUUUUUGACGGGAGACCCUUCCUCGCUGGUUAAGCCUCAAGGUACGGACUUUGGGACUCAGGCGAUGGCGCCUCGGUACUCGUCGUCUCGUAACAGGGUCAACUCUGUUGCGCCGGAACCAGACGACUUGGAGCGCAUGUUUUUGAACACGGUGGGAACGACCCCGGUUUUCAGUGCGAGCGAAAAUUCUCAGCUGUUUGCCAGAGACAAUACGGACAAUACCACUGCCACUUCUACCACAAUGGACUCGAACUUAACCACGGAGACAGCCGCAACCGCGAUGGAAGGUCCCCUGGCCCAGGACAAGUUCAAUGCCUCCAUUUUUCUCGAAGAUGACAAUGCAAAUUUUACCGUCUUGUCUCCAGUGUGUUCGCCAACUGGCAAUGAAAAUGGACACGACUUUCCGCUCAAUGUUCCGUCCACAUCUUUUGAGGCGUUAAUUUCCAAUUCCAUGUUUACAGGGAAAUAG